AUGGGAUCUCGUUCAAGUCGUGUUAAACAUACCGAAUGGGAUCUGGAUCGAUUAGCAGAAACGAGUGGUUUAUCACGUAAUGAAAUCGAUCGUUUACUUAUUGAUUUCAAACAAGCAGCUGGUCGUGAUGGUGUUUUGCAAAUGCAAGAGUUCAUUCCAUUGUAUUCUCGACUUCCAGGCGUGCAAAUAUAUGGCACAGAACGCAUGGAAGAGCAAGCACGUCGAAUUUUUCGAACAUUUGAUCGUGAUAAUACGAAUACUCUUUCAUUCGACGAGUUUCUCAAUGUUAUUGUUUUAGUCAACCAUACUCUUCCGCGUCACGAUCGUAUAGGUUAUCUUAUUCGUCAGAAUAGUACUGAGAAACAGCAACAUAUGAAUGGAAUGAUUUCAUCUCAAUAUGGACAUCAAAUUCUUCGUCGCAUUUGUGAUUAUUAUGGCUCAUCGACUGGACAAGAACAUUUGUAUUGGAAACAAAUUGAUCCAGAAAAUCGUGGUUAUGUUACACACGAAGAAUUUGUGAAUUUUAUUUCUCGACAUCCGGAUUUUAAUCGAAAAUAA